AAGCCUCAAACUUGUAACAUGGCCAAGACCAAAGAGCUAUCCAAAGACACCAGAGACAAAAUUGUACAACUCCACACAGCUGGAAGGGGCUAUGGAGAAAUUGCCAAGCAGCUUGGUGAAAAAAAGUCAACUGUUGGAACAAUCAUUGGAAAAUGGAAGAAGCUAAACAUGAGGCUCAUUCGCAAUCUGAGUGGAGCCCCAUGCAAGAUAUCACCUUGUGGGGUCUCAAUGAUCCUUAGAAAGGUGAGGAAUCAGCCCAGGACUACACGACAGGACUUGACCUGAAAAGAGCUGGGAGCACUGCUGUUGUACCGACUCGAGCCGCUUCAACAUGUCCGAGCGCGACGGAACGUCCAGCGAAGGAGCGCCGGACUUCAUCCCGACCAGAAUGUCCCGCGCCCGGCGGAGCGGUGUGAUCCUACCCGCUCAGGACCCGGACACCAUGCUUCUGGAGUCCGUGAAGGCAGCACCGCGCCGGAGCAGCAUCAUAAAGGAUCCUUCAGUGCAGAAGAUGGGUGGAGGCAGAAAGAAGACAGUGUCAUUCAGCAGCAUGCCCUCAGAGAAGAAGGUCAACAGCGCAGCCGACUGCCUGGCGUUUAUGCAGGGUGGAUGUGAGCUGAAGAAGGUGCGCCCCAACUCCAGGAUCUACUGUCGCUUCUACACACUGGAGGCUGACCUGAGCUGCUUGCGUUGGGAACCGUCUAAAAAAGAUGGGGACCGGGCCCGCCUGGAUGUCUCCAGCAUCCGAGAGGUGCGAACCGGCAAAAGCACCGAGACCUUUCUGCACAACAGCCUCCUCUCUGAACAACUGGCUGAGGAAGCCGCAUUCUCUGUCAUACAUGGGGAGGACUACCAGUCCUUAGACUUGGUGGCGCUCUCAGCAGAUGUGGCCAACAUCUGGGUGACGGGCCUCCGAUACCUUUUGGCACACCCAUCAGUGGUCGGCGGAGGAGUUGGCGGCCUGGGAGAAGGAGGAACGAUGGAAGGCAGUUUAGGCACCAAGAUGAGGAGUGAGUGGCUGGCGAGUGAGUUUGCCCGAGUGGACGAAGAUGGUCAUGGCAUUGUGUCAGAGGACGUGGCUGUCACAACCAUCAUUAAACUGUGCCCUGGUAUCAAGGAGGCAAAGGUCCGUCUGCGUUUCAAGGAGAUCCAGCGCAGCAAGGAGAAGCUAACCUCCCACGUGACGCGUGAGGAGUUCCAGGAGGCCUACUGUGAGCUGUGCACCCGACCGGAUGUCUACUUCCUGAUGGUGCAACUGGUCAAGGACCGCGAGUGUCUAGACCCUCAGGACUUGCGCCUCUUCCUAGAGACAGAGCAGGGUCUGUCCUUGGCCACGACCGAAGGCUGUUUGGAGCUCCUGAGGCGUUAUGAGCCCUCAGCACAGGGCAAGGAGAGGGGACUGCUCGGGCUGGAUGGCUUCGCUCGCUAUCUGCAGUCCCCCGAGUGCCAGCUGCUGGACCCUGAGCAUGAGGGUGUGUGCCAGGACAUGAACCUGCCUCUGUCGCACUACUACAUUAGCACCUCAUACCGGUCCUACCUUCUGGAUGAUCAGGUACAUGGCAGAGCGGACCUAGGUGGGCUGAUCAAGGCCCUUCAGUCUGGCUGUCGGUGCCUGGAGCUUGGCGUAACCGACGGCCCAGAGGGGGAGCCUCUACUUGGAGUUGACUAUGGUUUGGACAUCCCUUGCCACCAUCAUGAGCACUACCACCACCAUGCACCCGUGACCAUGCGCUCUGCUUUGGAGGUGGUCAACAAGUAUGCCUUCCUGACUUCACGGUACCCACUCCUGGUGUACUUGUGCCAGCGCUGCUCCCCUGCCCAGCAGCGCACCAUGGCACAGCACAUGAAGAGGGUACUUGGGUCAAGGCUUUACACUCCAGAGUCCCUGCCGGUUAGCUUGGGGGGGCGAGCCACCACUUUACCCUCGCCUGAGCAACUGAAGGGACGUGUUCUAAUAGUGGGCAAGAAGCUCCCUCCAGACAACGAAGGAUCCGAUGGGGAAGUGUCAGAGGAGGAAGAAGAGAUAGGAGGAGGGGGUCCUUUGGCGGGGCGCCGAAUGACCAUUCCGGGUGAGGAGGAUCUGGGUGUGGUCUUGGUGGUACCGCCACCCUCUCAACCUAGGAAACUCCGCCUACACAAGGAGCUGUCGGACCUCGUGGCCAUUGCUCGGACAGACAGCCGCCACUUUUACGCCCAGCGAGCCUUUCACAAGCAGCACUCCCCACCCAGCAAUCCUAGGUCUCCUUGCACUCUCUUGGUCAAUGAGACACCCUAUUGGACAUUGUGCUCCCUGGGUGAGGGGGAGGCCGGCCGUCUGACAACAGAGAGCCCAGAAGACCUUGUCAUGUUCACCAAGCGCACUUUAACAAGGGUGCGGCCCAGCUCAGUGCGCCUGGACUCCAGUAACCCCAACCCGCAGGGAUACUGGAAAGGGGGCGUGCAGCUCGUGGCCUUAAACCAGCAGACCCCCGGUGCCAUGCUGGACCUUCACAAGGGUCGCUUCUCUCAAAACGGAGGGUGUGGUUACGUCCUCCGACCUGCUGUCAUGAGGGACGAGGUGUCGUAUUUCAGUGCCCAUACACAUGGCUGCGUGCCUGGUGUACCGCCGCAAACUCUUCGCAUUAAGGUCAUUAGUGCACACAACCUACCGAAACCUCAGGGAUCGGGUGCCAAGGGAGAGGUCAUUGACCCAUACGUGGUCCUGGAACUACACGGAGUACCUGCCGACUGUGCAGAACAGCGCACACGCACUGCUUUACAGAACCACGAUGACCCGCUCUUUGACGAGACCUUUGAAUUCCAAGUGAACAUGCCUGAGCUGGCCCUUCUUCGUUUCGUUGUGCUUGAUGAUGACUACAUCGGAGAUGACUUCAUCGGGCAGUUCAGCGUGGCGUUCGAGUGCCUUCAGUCUGGCUACCGCAACGUGCCCCUCCUGGACCUGACGGGGGAGCCCUUGCCCCAUGCCAGACUCUUUCUACACGUGGCCAUCACCAACCGGCGAGGGGGCGGAAAAGCCCACCGCAGGGGCCUGUCCGUUAGGAGGGUGAGCCGGCGUGGGCGUGAGUAUGUCACGUUGAGGAAUACAGGUAUCAAGGCGGUAGAUGACAUCUUCAAACUGGCCAGCGCCCCCCUAAAAGAUGUGAUGGACCUGCGGGAAGAAGCUCAGGGCACCAUCGCCAGUUUCAAAGAGCAGUGUGGGCUCCCCACGGUGGCCAAACUCAAGCAGUGCAUCCAGAGCCUGGCCACCAGAUUGCAGAGCCCCGAGGGCACCAUGGGGGCCACUAUGGUGCUCAAGGAGGGUUACCCUUGUCUGGAGGCUCUCAUCAGUGUCACCGAACCCACCCGCAAGCUGCUCUCUGCCUAUGACACGAUGAUUGUGGCCCAGAAACAGCUGAUUGAGAAUGCUGAUGGUGUCCAGGAGAGGAUUGUGCAGGUGCAGAGAGAAGGCAUGGAAUUCCAUGAAGAUUUGUCUCGACUGGGGGAGAAGGAAGGGAUGAAAGGACGCAAGCUGAGCAAAGCUGUGGAAAGUUUCACUUGGAAUGUCACAGUGCUCAAGGGGCAGAGCGACCUGCUCCGUGGAGCCAAGAUGGAUUCGCUGGAUGCUCUGAGGCAGGUGGCACUGGCCUGCGAGGCCUCAGGAUUCACCUCAGCUUCCUCCAACUCCUCCUCCUCUGCUUUCUCGACGGCCGAGCUGCAUUACACCGCUCAUGCCAUUGACAGGCGGCGAAGCAGCACACACAGCAACGGACGCAUCUGACCCAUCGUUUCUUGUUUGGGGGCGAGGGGGGAUUCAUCCGGUAUGGUAACCUUUCCCACGGAAGAGAAGCCUUUCUUGAACAACGUCAAAUUUGGGCUUCUUUUUCUGACAUAACAUUCCACACUCCUUGUAACUCCAGCGCAUUAACCCGGUUAAACACAAGUAUCGCCUGCGCUGCUUUAUCAGGUGAUAAUCAUAUUGGUUUUAUAAAUGGUGGUCAAAAGAAGAAACUUGUCAUUUUUUUCUUACUAAACAGCAUAUAAAUCUAUUUUUCAUUCUUAAUGAAUAUAGGAAAAUAUGAGUUUCAAUUAGAUAUUAUUCACAUUUAUAUAAAGAUUCAAAUUCAACCGUUACAUUUGUUGCAUUUGAAAAGCAUUGAAAAACAUCACAAAAGGGGAUGAAAUGUAGAAUUUCUAAGCAUUUAAAUUGCUUUUAUUCGAGGAGCACAUAUGUAUUUUAAUUUAUUUUUUUAAUUAUCACGAGUAAAAAAAGGUAUUUUGGAUUGAAGUACACUGCCCUAAAUCUAUCUGCAGUUUUUGAAUUAGGACCCAUACAAACUGGUCAAUGAAAAUAAGAACUCCAUGAUAUAUAAAUUUUUAUAUUUGAUUUGAAAUGUUCCCUCGUGGUUUCUGUUUAUAUGGAGCUUAGUCCAUUUGAAUUUUCUGGUCUCAUCCUUUGUAUAUUCCUUGAUAAAGUCCUGCAAGAAACACUUCUAAUUUCCCGGAUGGUCACAAUACAUAAAUAAAAUGUAUUACACAGUAUUCUUAAGCAGCCGAUCGAGGGUGCAGGCUGUUGGGUGGCAUUUGGUUCUUGUCAUGUCAACAAGGUUGAAAUGCAAGACCGGGCCAUCGGAGAGGUUGUUUUCUGGAAGACGUACUGGUGUGUAUCACAAAAACCCAUUUCCUGCAACAUGUGCAACAGGGUGUAUAUUAGUUUGAAACUGAAUGAAAUGACUGUAGCAACAAUAACAAUGGUUAAAAAAAAAAUUGAUUUAGGGUGAUGUCUCUUUUGAAUUAAACUGCUCAACUCUUUGAAUGUGUGACAACGUCGGCUGCCUGGUGAUGAUGGUUAACUUUGGCCUUUUGAGUGUAAAUGUGUAUUUUCUUUGUAUGAUGACACCAUCUCUUAUCUUGAACUUCUUCAGUCUUGUUAUGAUUGUUUUGAACGCAAAGUUUUCGCACCAGGGAGAACAAGCAAAUGCCACACAGUAAAGCUGGAGCCCAGAUUUGAACCCAAAACUUAAGAACUGUGAGGCAAAUGUGCUAACUGCUCGUCCCGCCAUACAAUUUGUGGUAAAUAAAUUAUUUUCUGACCUGACCCGAUACGUGAAACAAUUUCUUCUGACAUGAUCUCUCAGAAGUGUGAUUGGAAUCACUGGACUGGAUGAUUGAGUAUAGUCACUUCAUCCCACGCUAGCUCAUUAAGUCCAAAGUGACAUUUUGUACGUUUGUCUGAAAGCGGUGACCCUAAUUUGACAAGAAAAUCUCAGAGAAUGUCCAAAUUAUUUUUUUGUUCAAUUCUUAUAUUAGACCAUAGUUUGAGGUGAGCAGAAUUCCUAAAUUAAAUUCCAAUUUAGCUGGCUUUGUCAAUAAAUAGAGGUCCAGUUCAGAAAAAUGUCUCCAAGACGAUAUCUGGACAGGCUGAAUUGGCCCCAUAAAAACUACACAAAUAUCACUAAUGCGAACCACUUCACUUCUGCAUGUUCGAUUUGAAUUGAGACUUUGUUGAAAUUUGAGGAUAACACUGAGGUUUUAUAACAUCAAGUGGUUAUGUCAUACCGUACCGCUGCACUCAUGUCUAUGAAUUCUUUUUAUUGUCUUUUAAAUAACAACAUACUCUUAAGUACAGGCCAGCUGAUGUGAUGCCAAAGAAAUUGAAACCAUAAAUAAGCAUGGUUCUGGUCAGCACAUUUCCUCAUAGUUCUGGGGAAUCAGGUUCAAAUCCAAACUUGUCUUUGUGGAGUUUGCAUGUUCUCCUCGUGCCUGAGUGGGUUUUCUCCGAGAGUUCCUGUUUCCUCCCACAUCUCAAAAACAUGCAUGGUAGGCCAGUUGAAGACUAAAUUGCCCAUGGAUGCGAAUAAGAGUACGAAUUGGUAUGUCAUGUGCCCUGCAAUUUGCCAGGGACCAAUUCAGGGCCUCCUGCCUGAAGUAAGAUGAGAUAUGCACCUGUGACCCUAGUGUGGAUAAGGAGUAUGAAAAAUAGAUGCAUCAAUAAGAAAAGAGCAAGCUUUUGGUUUUGGACUGUUAACUACUUGGCGGCAGCCAGCAGAGGCCAAACCCAAUUCUGGGUCAGGUACUCUUCUGCUUACACAGGUUAUUGUAGAAAUCAAAAUGAAAUAAAUAGCAAGUGAUUAGCAUGACACCAUUUACUAUUUGACUUUGAUAUCCAGAAGUAAUUCUGACCCAACUAGUUGGCUGUGUAGACUGAGAGCUGUAGAAAUCGAAACAAAGUUAAGAGCAAAACUUUGGUGCAAGACCACAAACACUUUAGUCGCGGUUUGAAAUAUCUAACAUCUUGUAAAUUUGUUUUCUUCUCCAUCUCUGGUGAGCUUAUAACCAGCGAUCUUGACAUGAAUGAUCCAUUCACUCCUGUAAAACAAACCACAGUAUUAUCGUUCCAGGUCCACUUCACAAGACUGUUGACGUGAACUGAGGGUCAUGUAGCCUGUAUCAUACAUCACCACAUGCACAGUGACAGGGCAAAAAGGGUUUUCGGGUUGUGGUCAUGGUGUUUUUGUAAUUUGGUCUGACAUGAGGUCAUCUGCACGGUACUGUCGGCACUUAGAGGAAGAGUGCAAAUGAAAUUAGAUAAUAAAUGGAAUGUCCGCGUUUCAAAGUGUUUUUUGUUUAAUUGACAUUGUUUCCAUGCCAUAAAAUUAUUGGAUGUUUGUGACUUGCUGGCAGUCUUAAACGCAGUACAAGCACGGGAUGAACCUGCUUUGAUGUCAUUCCUAGGCUGAUCACAGCCAUUAGGGGAUACAUUUGCAUCGUACCUGGGCCUCGCCAUGACUUUCUACUGUAUCUCUGAAUUUCUGUCUUUGGUAGUAAUCGGCAUCUCUGACCACCACAAGCCAUGUUUGUUUACACACACCCAUGCAUAUAAAGUGCAUGUGUGUCUGUGUAUACACACAGGUCCACCUCAUUAGCUUGGAAAAUUGGCUAAAGCUUAAUUACUUUCCGUAGUUCCUUUUAAAGAUUGAAACUCAUAUAUUAUAGAGAUCCACUACACCUCGAGGGAAACAUUUCAUAUUUUUAUAUUGCAAGAGGUGGCGCAGCUUUAAAGUGUUGGGUUCAAUCCCUGCCCGCCUGUGUGGAGUUUGCAUGUUCCCCCGUGCCUCCGUAGGUUUUCUCCGUGCAUUCCGGUCUCCUUCCACAUUCCCAAAACAUGCAUCAAUUGGACACUCUAAAUUGCCCCUAGGUGUGAUUGUGAGUGUGUCUGUUGUAUGUCUCUAUGUGCCCUGCGAUUGGCUGGCAACCAGUUAAUAUAUACAUAAGCGGCAAAGAAAAAGGAUAGAAAGUCCUUUGUUGCCAUCUCGUGGCAUCCAUCCAUUCAUUUUCUUAGCCGCUUAUCCUCACGAGGGUCGCGGAGCGUGCUGGAGCCCAUUCCAGCUGUCAACGGGUAGGAGGCAGAGUAUGCUCUGAACUGGUUGCGAGCCAAUUGCAGGGCACAUCGAGACAAACAGCCACACUCACAAUCACACCUAGGGGCAAUUUAGAGUGUCCAAUUAAUGUUGCAUGUUUUUGGGAUGUGGAAGGAACCCAGAGUGCCCGGAGAAAACCCACGCAGGCAUGGGGAGAACAUGCAAACUCCACACAGGCGGGGCCUGGAUCGAACCCGGCUCCUCAGAACUGUGAGGCCAAUGCUUUACCAGCUGCCCCACCAUGCCUCCAGCACUGUCUUUCUCUAAACAAACACCUGCUGUCCUUUCAACAUAGUUAUUUUGCCCUAAGAUGCCACCAGAUGGCUACAAAACACUCCUGUUAUCUAAAUGAAGCUAUUUAAUUCACUUCAACAUCAGUAAAUUAGUGAUUUCUUGGCACCGAGAUUCCACAAAUCAAUCUUGUUGCAUUGGUUUGAGCACAAAAACACCUGAUUGUGUAUUUUUGAGUAAAUAAUGCAAGAAAGGUUUUCUAAACAAAAAUCCAGAAAUCGGGUGAAUUGACUUUUCUACGAUAUUCAAAUUUAUUGAGAUGUAAUGUAGAGCUCCCUGUUAUAAUGUAUUUUUCCUUUUCCUUGUUCAAACAAUAUCACAUGCCUGGUAUUAAGAUGCAUCCAUUUUGUCGGUGUCACAGCUCUGUGGGUUAAUACAUUGAAAUAAAGUGCUGUGAAUGUUGAAAUGUACGAGUUUAAGGCGUUUAUUAUAUGCCACUCGCACACACUGCAGUUUUGUGUACUUGAAGCCUCUACAUAAUACAUUGUUUCCAGUAUUUAAAACCGUUGUGUUUACUCCUGGAAUGAGCAAUUACAUCAGGAGGCCAUGUCAGGCCAUGUAGACAUCAUGCACAACCUCAGCAGAGAAACCGUUACAACUUUGGCUCUGACUGUUACGUGCUUUGGACUUUUUCAGAGCGUCAUUUUAGACAGAGGAGGACGUUGCGUUCAGAUGCCCGCACUGCCCACGUGUCUUAAACCUUUGAAACCUUUCUGGCCUCUUUGCUGUGUGCUACCUUGUCUUUGCAAGUGUGUUGUCACUUCUUUAAAAGAGUUGUGUUUCAAGACCAACGUAAAUAUGUCCAAUGUGCUUGUACCAGUCAUUGUGAUGUGAAGCAGUUGGAAAUGUACUGCGGUACCACUUGUGUGGCAUCUGCUUUGACUGUGAUGGCUUGACCCACUCUCGGUCCCCAACUGUUCUAACACCCACUUCAUGUUAUGGUUGUUGUUUUUUUUUUGUGUGUCUGUCUUUGUAAGAUAGAAUCCAGACCAAAAGAGAUCAUUAAAUAUUUAUUGAUGUGUAUUUUAAAAGCUAUAUAUAUGAAUAUAUUUAAUAACUAAAUGGACAUUGCUUUUAUUUUAAAAAGCUACUUUUUUCUAUCUGACAGGCAUUCUAAUGUAAAAGUAUGUAUC